GCCUCGCCGGAAACUCUCCAGCCUCCAGGUCCAGGAGUCCAGGUACGGAGUGUGCUAGGGCCGCUAGACAAUCUAUGCAGCUUCUAAUUAGUUGAAAAGCUUCAUUCGCAGCCAAUCUCCUUCGAUUCUUCUGCGCUCGCAGUUUGUUUGUUUUUGCAGAAAGAGGAAUUAGAAGAAGAUGAAUAAUCUGAAGCAAUGGAAGAGCCUCUCUUCAAAAGUCCGCCUACAAUCGGAGGAUGAAGUUCUCCGAUUAGCUGCUUUCGACAUGGAGCGUAAUCGCUUAUUCUGCGCAUCCUCAACAAAUAUAUUGUACACUACUCAACUGCCUCUGCAGGAUACAGGAGUUUUCAAUUCAACUUCCUACCACCAUCUUGAUAUAGAACCUGGAGACUCCAUAACUUGCAUGGAAUAUCUUAUGGAGAAAGAAUCACUUAUUGCUGGAACAUCCCAUGGGCUUAUAUUCUUACACAAUGUAGAUGAUAAUUUGACUGAAAUUGUUGGUCGAGUGGAAGGUGGUGUUAAGUGUGUCUCUCCUAGUCCUGAUGGAGAUCUGCUUGGCAUAAUUACUGGUUUUGGUCAAUUGCUGGUCAUGACACAAGAUUGGGAGGUACUAUAUGAGAUGGGGAUUGAUAAUCUACAUGAUGAUACUGACAUACAUGAACAAAAUAUUUCUUUGAAUGACUCUUUUGAAAGCAUCAUUUCAUGGCGAGGUGAUGGUAAAUACUUUGCCACUCUGAGCAGGGUAAAUGAUUCAUCUUGCUUGCAUAAGAAGCUUACAGUUUGGGAACGAGAAUCAGGGAAACAACAUUCUGUUUCUGAAUCAAAUGAUUUCAUGGGAGCAGCUUUUGACUGGAUGCCCAGUGGAGCCAAAAUUGCUGCAGUAUGUUACAGAAAGAAGUAUCCUUCUAUUGUUUUCUUUGAGAGGAAUUGCUUGGAAAGGAACUCAUUUAGCCUAAAUGAAGAAAUAGAUGUGACUGUAGAAAAUCUCAAAUGGAAUUUGAGUUCAGAUCUUUUAGCUGCAAUAGUACGUAGUGAAAAGUAUGAUUCCCUCAAGGUAUGGUGCUUCAGCAACAAUCAUUGGUACUUGAAGCAAGAAAUCAGAUAUGCAAAGGAGGACGAUGUUAAGUUCAUGUGGGAUCCAACUAUACCACUGCAGUUGAUUUGUUGGACUGUUGGGGGACAGAUCUCAACCUACAGUUUUAACUGGGUUACUGCCGUCAUGGAAAAUUCAGUGGCCCUUAUAGUUGAUGGCUGCAAGAUUUUAGUUACACCCCUUUCUCUGUCUCUUAUUCCUCCCCCUAUGUAUUUGUUUAGUUUAAAAUUUCCCAGUACGGUCCGAAAUUUGGCGUUCUCUACUAAGGGGUCUCAAAAUCAUCUGGCUGCAUCUUUGUCAGAUGGCAGCCUCUGUAUCCUAGAGCUUUCAGAACUUGGUACAUGGGAGGAUCUAGAGGACAAAGAAUUUGAUGUAGAGCGAGCAUCUGCUGAUACAUUAUCUUCUUCUCAUGCACAUAUGGCAUGGUUAGAUUCACAUAGACUCCUAUGUGUUUCCCAUUUAUAUAAAGAUGGGCUUACUGCAUAUCACCUACAGGAAAUGGAAUUUAUAUGUUCUGAAAAUCAUAUUCCUGGUUCAGUUACAUCCUCAGGCUGGCAAGCGAUGGUUUCAAAUCAUAUUUCUCUUGAAGGCAUUGUCAUUGGUGUUGUGUCUGACACAUUAAGAAGUUCAGCAUAUUUGCAGUUCGAUGGUGGAAAAGUUGUUGAAUAUAAUUCAAAAUCUGCCGGGGCAAGAGGAGUUCUUAAACGUAGUGAUUUAAGUUUUCAAUCCUCUUGUCCAUGUAUGAAACUUGCUCAUAUCGGAGGCCUCUUGUCACAUAAAAGCUUGUUCUUUGGUCUUGAUAAUAUUGGUCAAUUACAUGUUGGUGAGAACAUAUUAUGCAACAACUGCACUAGCUUUUCUUUUUACUCCAGUUCUGCUGACCAAAUUGUGACACAUUUGGUUCUUGCUACGAAGCAGGAUCUACUGUAUAUAGUUGACAUAAAUGACACUCAUAGAAAAGGAGUAGCAGCUGAAUAUGAGAACUUCCUGCCCAUUACUAGCAACAGAAAAAGAGUGGAUCCAAAAAUUUAUAUAAACAUUUGGGAAAGAGGUGCCACGAUUGCUGGUGUUUUGCAUGGAGAUGAGUCUGCGAUCAUUCUACAAACCAAUAGAGGUAAUGUUGAAUGCAUCUAUCCCAGAAAGUUGGUCCUUACCUCCAUCAUGAACGCCUUAAUCCAGAAGCGUUUUAAUGAUGCGUUACUAAUGGUAAGACGGCAUAGGAUCGAUUUCAAUUUUAUUGUUGAUGCUUGUGGGUGGAAAAGAUUUCUUGAGUCAGCUGGUGAGUUUGUCAAGCAAGUGAACAACUUGAGCUAUAUAACUGAAUUCAUUUGUUCAAUAAAGAAUGAAAGUAUCAUUGAUACUAUAUACAAGAGCUAUUUAUCUGUCCCUAGCUUAACGGGAGCUCAAUCUUUUGAAUCGGAAGAUGUCAUAGAUUUUGGUGGUAAAAACAAAGUCUCAUCUGUCCUUUUUGCUAUCCGAAUGGCUCUCGAGGAGCAUGUAGCUGAAAGUCCUGCAAGAGAACUUUGCAUUUUGACCACUCUAGCUCGAAGUGAUCCACCAGCCCUUGAAGAUGCUCUAGAGAGGAUAAGAGUCCUCCGAGAGCUGGAGCUAUCACAUUCAGAUGAUUGCCGGGGAGCUAACUAUCCUUCUGCUGAAGAAGCUAUGAAACAUCUUUUAUGGCUGUCUGACUCUGAGGUGGUUUUUGAGUCCGCUUUGGGUCUUUACGAUUUGAAUCUAGCUGCAAUGGUUGCCUUGAAUUCUCAGAAGGAUCCAAAAGAAUUUCUUCCAUAUCUUCAACAAUUAGAAAGCCUGGAAACGGUCUUGAUGCAAUACACUAUUGACCUUAAGCUGCAUAGGUAUGAGAAAGCCCUUAAGCACAUUGUCUUGGCGGGAGAUGCUUAUUUUGAGGACUGUUUGAACUUGAUAAAGGAUAAACCUCAUCUUUUUCCUUUGGGGCUUCAACUUAUCACUGGCUCUUCAAAAAGAGGGCAAGUCCUCGAGGCUUGGGGAGACCAUCUUAAUGACCAAAAAAACUUUGAAGAAGCUGCUGCAACCUAUCUGAGCUGUUAUUGUAUGGAUAAAGCAUUAAAAGCUUACCGUGCUUGUGGUAAUUGGGGUGGGGUUUUUAUGGUAGCUGGUCUUAUGAAAAUUGGAAAUGAAGAAAUUUUGCAGUUGGCUCAGGAUCUCUACGAGGAACUCUUGGCACUUGGUAAGCCAGGGGAUGCUGCAAAGAUUGCCUUGGAGUACUGUGGAGAUGUCAAUGCUGGUGUUACUUCAUUUGUUAGUGCAAGGGAAUGGGAAGAAGCAUUGAGGAUUGCUCUUCUGCACAAGAGAGAUGAUUUGGUCUUGGAAGUGAAGAAUUCAUCUGUAGAUUGUGCCAACUCAUUGAUUGGUGAAUAUGGGGAUGGUCUGGAGAAAGUGGGGAAGUACUUGACCCGGUAUUUAGCUGUUCGACAAAGAAGAUUGCUGCUUGCUGCAAAGCUGAAGUCUGACGGGACGUCUGUGAAUGAAUGUGAUUAUGAGACAUCUUCUGAAGCAAGCAGUAAUUUCAGUGGAAUGAGUGCCUAUACCUUGGGGACAAGAAACGGAGCAUCAACUACCAAUAGCUCAACUUCUGCGAAAAAGGGAAGAGGGUCGAGGUCUCAAAGAAACCAUGGGAAAAUACGUGCCGGCAGUCCUGGCGAGGAGUUGGCUUUGGUAGAGCAUUUGAAAGGGAUGGCUUUGGCCGCGGGGGCCAGACGUGAGCUUCACUCUCUUUUAAUCUGCCUAGUGAUGCUACACGAAGAUGCUGUAGCGAAGAAAUUGCAACUCAUUGCCAAAAAAUUUCAACUGUCUCAAACAGCUGCCGUGCGAUUAGCUGAGGACGUGAUGCCUUCUGAUAGAGUAGAUGAGCAAGCGCAUACUUUAGAGAAAUAUGUUCAGAGAGUGAGGGAUGAAAUGCAGCAUUCAGACAUCUUUUCUUGGCAGGUGAAAGCAUUGGAUUAACCAGUGGCAGAGGGAGGGUUGAGUUCUGGGGGACACUACCACAUUGAAGUCAUAUUAUGUAUCGUCGAAAAUGCCCUACAAUCACCUCAGGGGUCACGUGCCCUACGCCGUAGCCUUUUCUGUUUUUAGACAGAAACUUUCUUUUGCUAGUACUGGUUUCCCAAAUGGUGAAACUGUCAGUUCUUGCCUCUUUGUUUUUCUUGAUUUGGAUAACAGACAAUUUAGGAUGGUUCCAUGUGACCUAUCAAUCAUCAUCAUCAUCAUGCAUGGAAGGAUAGGGCUGUGUGUCACAGUAGUGUUAGGAGUUGUGGUUAGACAAGUUUUGUGGUUUAAAUUAUACUAUUUGCAUGUAAAUCUUGUACUGUAUAUUGCACAAACAAAAGCGUGAGCGCGAGAGAUAUGAAUUCUGAUAUCGAAACCUUUUUCUGGGGCUAAACAACAUUCCC